UCUGAAGAAGAGGAAGACGAAGCCGAGGAAGAAGAAGCUGCUGAAGAAGCUGAAGCUGCUGAGCCUGAGCCUGAAGAGGCUAAAGAUGAAGAAGAAGAACAGGCUCGUAAACGACCAGAAACUCCGGAGCAACAACCGGCAGAACAAACAGAAGCUGAAAAGGCCAUGAUGGCAGCUAAAAAGAGACAUGAAGAAGAAGAACUGGCAAAAAUACAAGAUUAUGAAGAACGACGACGUGUUGAACGUCAACGUAUUGACGAUGAAUUACGUGAGCUGAAGGAAAAACAGGAACGAAGAAGGAUUGAAAGAGAGGAGGAAGAGCGAGAAUUUGCAGAACGGCGACGCAAGGAAGAAGAAGCUCGAAAGGCUGAAGAAGAGGAAGGACGACGUCGCAUAGAGGCCGAGAAAAGGCGAAGAGAGGAAGAAAAACGUAAAAGGCAGGAAAUGAUGGCUGGAUCGUUUCCUGGUGCUGCUCAGAAUACAGAUUUCGGACGAAACUUCGUCAUUCCUCCAAAGGGAGAACCAAAGGAAAAAAACAGACGGAUGGGAACAUUCGCUGCCAAGCAAGAAGUAACGAAAGAACAACAACAAGAAGCGAAACAAGCGUUCAUUGCCGCAAUUAGAAAACAAAUGGCAAACGUUGAAGAUUUGCUGCCCAACGAUCUAAAGCUUAGGAUUCAAAAUAUUCACAAACGAAUUUGCAAAUUAGAGGCUGAAAAGUACGAUUUGGAGAAAAGACAUGAGCGACAAGAGUAUGAUCUCAAAGAACUGCAUGAAAGAGAACGCCAAGUUGCCAGAAACAAAGCCAUGCAGAAAGGGCUGGAUCCUGAUGAAGCAGCUAAUUCAGUACAUCCGCCGAAGGUAAAUGUAGCAUCUAAAUUUGAUCGACAGAUUGACAGACGAUCUUAUGCUGACAGGCGUGAUUUAUACGAAAAGCCUGUUAUAAAGAAACCACCUAAAUUAGCGAGAGGGACAGCCAGACCACCACCAGAUUGGGGUCGUCGAGAAAACGAAGAGCUAGAGCAGUUGCGAAGGAAUUUGGAGCCACCGCGGUACACUGAGCAGGUGAAAGCUGAAGGCGACGCUGCAAAACCGCCAGUGAAACCAAUUCCGCUUACUGUUCCGAAUGUUGACGACGUUGAAGAAGAAGAACCUCAACCUCAACCUCAAGGAGCGACAGAAGCAGAACCUGAAGUAAUUUUGUUAUAG